AUGGCUCCCAAGAUCGCAAUUGUCUACUACUCGAUGUACGGCCACAUCAAGGCCCUGGCCGAGGCUGAGAAGAAGGGUAUUGAGUCCGCCGGUGGCUCCGCCGAUAUCUUCCAGAUCGCCGAGACCCUCACCGAGGAUGUGCUCUCCAAGAUGCACGCUCCCGCCAAGUCUGAUGUGCCCAUUGCCGAGCCCGCUGACCUCCUCGCCUACGAUGCCGUUCUCUUCGGUAUCCCUACCCGCUACGGUAACUUCCCUGCUCAGUGGAAGGCCUUCUGGGACAAGACUGGUGGAAUCUGGGCCACCGGUGGCUACUGGGGCAAGUACGCUGGUCUCUUCGUCUCCACCGGCACCCAGGGUGGUGGCCAGGAGUCCACCUGCAUUGCCGCCAUGAGCACUCUCGCUCACCACGGUUUCAUCUACACCCCUCUGGGUUACAAGACCGUCUUCCCUCUGCUCGCCAACCUCGAGGAGGUCCACGGUGGUAGCGCCUGGGGUGCCGGUACUUUCGCCGGUGCCGAUGGUUCUCGCCAGCCCUCCGCUCUUGAGCUCGAGAUUGCCACUGCCCAGGGUAAGGCCUUCUACGAGACCGUCUCUCGGGUCCAAUGA